AAACCGCUCUCUAAACGCUCUGGACUCCAUUUCCCAUUAUCCUUUGCGCUCCAAGCAGGAAGAACGUUCUCUCGCAGGGGCUCGCACUGAUCCAAGUUAGGAGCUUUCAGCUGCCAGCCUUGGCCCAUCAUGUAAGUGCUGCGGAGAAUUCUUUGCAGUGCAAUUGCAGAAAUUACCUGUUUUCCCGACGCCUGCGGGGGCCGUGCAAUCACACCGGCGCUCUGUGCACGGACACGCACGCUCCGGACGCAAAAAGGCUCCAAGUGCAUGAAGAUCGAGGCUUGUAUUUUGCAUCUUUGUUGCAAAAAAGCAAGCCGCUGAAGCUCCAUUGCGAGGGCGAUGGAGGGAGGGAGUGAGAAAGAAGGCAAAGUCUUUUGUGCUUCCCCUCCCCCUCAUCAAAGCAAAGGGGAAAUGUCUCAGCCAAAGGGAGGUAAGAGGAAGACGCUGCUCAAGCUCCCCAAGGAGGUGUUUGAGCAGCCUCCUCCCACAGCAGUACCCCCCAGAGAUUUGGAUUCGAAAGCUUGUGUAACUAUCGGAGAGAAGAACUUCGAGGUGAAGGCUGAUGACCUGGAGCAGAUCUGCGAGCUGGGCCGGGGGGCGUACGGCGUGGUGGAGAAGAUGAGGCACGUGCCCAGUGGCCUGAUCAUGGCUGUGAAGCGGAUCCGGGCCACCGUGAACACUCAGGAGCAGAAGAGGCUGCUCAUGGAUCUGGACAUCUCCAUGAGGACCGUGGACUGUUAUUACACCGUCACCUUCUACGGAGCGCUCUUCAGAGAGGGCGAUGUCUGGAUCUGCAUGGAGCUGAUGGACACCUCCCUGGACAAGUUCUACAAGCAGGUGAUCGAGAAGGGAAUGAGCAUCCCCGAGGACAUCCUGGGAAAGAUCGCUGUCUCCAUAGUAAAAGCUUUGGAGCAUCUGCACAGCAAUCUGCAAGUCAUACACAGAGACGUGAAGCCCUCUAACGUGCUGAUCAACACGCAGGGCCAGGUGAAGAUGUGCGACUUCGGCAUCAGCGGCUACCUGGUGGACUCCGUGGCCAAAACCAUGGACGCCGGCUGCAAACCCUACAUGGCACCUGAGAGGAUCAACCCUGAGACCAACCAGAAGGGCUACAGCGUUAAAUCUGACAUCUGGAGUCUGGGAAUCACCAUGGUAAAUCAGCUUUAA